GAACACUAGGCAGGCAGGCAGACAGACAGCUAGGUAGGCUCGCAAAUGCAUGUUCUCAGACUUUUGUCCUGAAUUAGGCCUACGUGUGUGAGAAGUUUUGCUUAGUUCAUAAAAUACUGUGGAUGUUGCUGCAGUUAAAAUCCGUAAUUAAUUUGUCUUGCUCAAGCCCAAGGGGUUUCCAAGAAAGUCAUAUGGCUGCGAUUUACAUAGGUGGUGUUUAUUCAAGCUAACGCUGCAGAGCUAACCUCUUCCUCACAAAGUACUCGUUUUAGACGCCGGUUUUGCGUCUUGAAUACGCAGAUGAUAUAGGAGUCGCAUGUUCUAUUCUUAGGAUGGAGUCUACUCCGCAUUGUUCGCAUUGUAGCCUCCAAGCUGCGUCUGCAAGUACUCACCAAACACUAGAUGAGAUGGAUUUUGAAAGAGGUAUAUGGUCAGCUGCAAUGAAUGGCGACUUUGGUAGAACACAAGCACUUCUCCAGAAGGGAACAGAGCCAAACCAAAGAGACUCCUCCAAUUACACCGCCUUGCACUAUGCCAGUCGUAGUGGUCAUGAGGCGGUUUGCAGAUUGCUCCUUGACAGUGGAGCAUGUGUCAACGCCUUGACGUUAGGUCGCGCUACUCCGCUCCAUCGCUCUGCCUACUGUGGGCAUCAUGCCGUGGUGAGGAUGCUGCUUCACCACGGGGCUGACCCUCAACUGUGUGAUGACGAUGGAUCUUCUGCCUUACAUAAGGCUGCGGCGCAGGGUCAUGAAGAUGUGUGUGACCUUUUGAUCCAGCACUGUCCAAAUCUACGGAAUUUAGAAAACAAGAAAGGACAUUUACCUUACCAACUGGCACCAGAAGGACACCCACUGCAGGAACUUAUAAGACCGCCUCUUUAAGUAGGCUACAAGAAACAUAUGAUGACAGUCACAACAUAUAGUUAUGACAUAUUUUAUAUUAACUGCGACAGCCACUGAUUCAAGGGCACCUGUUUGGCCAAUGUCAUAUACGUCGAAGAUUUCUGUUUAGUGUCAUUGUAGCCAGCAGGGGGAGCUCGUAUACCAGCUAUCGUUUUUCAAAAAGUCCAAUGUCAUCGAAAGAAACUUGUGUCUGUGAAUAAAGAAAAGUAGCUAUGAAAAAGGUGGACAAAGUCAAAGACAAAUAGUGAAUGAGCUAUCUCGUGAGAGCAUUCAGUCAUGGUGUCAGACCAACCCACAAAAUAAACAGUUCAAUAUAUAGUUUUAUUAUAUUAUUUAUUAUACUAA